UAGGGGGUUGUAGUCUUUCCACACCGUUUUAUUCGCGUCUCUUUCUUCAAAUGCACUACACAUCCCAGAAUUCUUUUGAGACGUCUCGUUAAUAAGCGCAUAUAUCUGGGAAAACGUCUCGACCGUCAAGUAGCUCGUAGGGAGUUGUAGUCCUAUUCCACGGAUAAGUCGGGGAAACAUUAGUAAGCUGCACUACAUGUACCACACUACCUUUCGUUAGCAGGGAAAGUCCCUCCCAGACAACUCAUAGGGGAACGGCCACGCCCCUAUCGCCACACAUGGCUGGAGCAGCUCAGUAAUUCAGAGGCACUCUCUCUAAAAUCUUACAGUUUGCUGCAUUAGCUGAUGCUUUUCUCUGGACUGUGAUCAGUAGUGGAUGUUUGUUCUGAAGGAAUUCAAAUUUUUUUUCUGGAGUUUAACAACUCAACUGCGCAUGAAGCCUAAAUCUGAAUAUUUGAUUAACUUAUUAAGUAUGGAAAAGGAACAGGUGACAAAUGCAGUUUUAAAUUAUGCCUUAGAAAUCAUCCACCUGCUGACUGGAGAGGAUUAUAACUUUGUGAAGGAACAUGUCUUGAAUAGCAACAAUAUUUGGGUGUCAAAAGUCCAUGACAAAAAACAGAAUUUGUCUCUUGAGCACACAGUCAUCUCGUGCAAAAAUGACUGGAACGGGGAACACAGACUGGUCUCUCAGAUGAUCCUAGAACUUGCCCAGAAGAUAAUUCAGGAGCUGACCAAUCAGGUCCUACUAAAGCAUGAUGAUAUUGCAGUUUUUUUCUCUGUGGAGGAAUGGGAGUAUAUGGAAAGCCAUAAAGAACAAUACAAGGACAUGGCAGCAAUGGAUAACCAAGACCAAUGCUCUGAUGUGGUUUACAAUUACAGUAUCCCUUCUCCUAUUGAACCAGAGUCAGAUGGAUAUUGUGAUGAGGAAAACCAGGAGUCAAAGCCAUUUGACAUUAUCACAGAGGACUACAUUCCAGCUCACAUUCUUGAGGAGCAUUCCAUUACAGUGUGUGAAAUUAAAGAGGAGCCAUUUGACAUUGAUUGUACACAAGAACCAAUGGUUACUGAAAAUAUCCACACAGGAGACUUUCUGCUCAUGAAUGGGGACAGAGACAUGGAAGAAGGAAAUGUUCCUGAAGAGAAUGGCAGCAUCAAAACACACAAAAAAUAUAAAGCUAAAUCAUGUCAGUGUAAGGUUUGUGGAAAAUGGUUUUGCGACAAAUCGCGGCUUGCAAGGCACCAUAAAACCCACACGGGUGAGAGACCUUUUGCCUGUAAUGUAUGUGGAAAGACAUUUGCGCGUAAGUCAAAUGUCUCGGUCCAUCAAAGGAUUCAUACAGAAGAGAAGCCUUAUACUUGUAUGGAGUGCGGCAGGAAGUUCACCAACAACUCUCAUCUCGUUUCGCACAAAGUGGUUCAUACUAGAGAGAAACCGUUCACAUGCUUAAAGUGUGGGAAAGGCUUUACCCGGAACUCAAGUCUGGUCAAACACUCGGGAAUUCAUGCAGAACAAAAGCCAUAUGUCUGUAAUCAGUGUGGCAAAAGCUAUUGUCAGUAUGCAAACUUGGUUGUACACCUGAGAUUACAUUCAGGGGAGAAGCCUUAUGUGUGCAGACACUGUGGCCAGUCAUUUAUUUGCAAAGCUAGUAUGGAGAGACACCAAAGAACACACACUGAAGGAAAACCAUAUCAUUGUGUCCAUUGUCCUAAGGCUUUCACAGAUAAUUCUUCUCUCAAUAGACACAAAAAGACUCACAAAAAUGAACUAUAUCAUCGCUAUAUUCAGAAGAAUAUCACUCCAUAAACUGACUAUUCUGAUUUGACAAGCGGGGUUUUACCUUACUCCGUAGUACUGGGCACAUGCUUCUUGCUGAUUUUAGUCAUCCAACUAUCAGAGUUAGGCCUUAAGGGAAAAGGAUUUUUGGGGAAUGUAAUCUGUCCUCCAACUAUAUGCACCUUAACUUGGUUGAUGGGCUGUGAGAACAAUAAUAUAGUAAACAAGUAGUUUGUUUUUCUGCUGAAACCUUUUCCGAUUAAUAUGAAUUUGCAUUUUUUAGAACUUUACCCACUCCAGCCUAUAGGCCAGUUCAUAUAAACUGCAUUUGAGUAGAAAUAAGUCAAAUCUAUUGGACUUGCUGUGUUUUUUUCCUUGAAGACGGUUCACCAGUCAUCUAACUGGCUUACUCAAUUCAGAAUAACUUGUACAUAGGAUCUUUCUUCGGUACAUAUCCUCUGGAAUGUUGCUCCAAUCGGCAUAAUCUGUUUAUCGUAAUCCACAAUAAUGUCAUUAAAUUAGGUGUUGAUUGACAGGUCUUCAAGGAAAAAACACAGCAAGUCCAGUUGAUUUGACUUAUAUCUACAGAUAGACCAUGACCUGGAUGAAUGAGAAUCUCCACAAACAUAUUGCAUUUGCGUCUACGGUCCGGUCCCUCUUUCAUUUGAUCUGGUGUUAACUUUCUGAUAUUAACAGUGUUUUGACUUGUCUACAGCUUGGAAAAAGCAUAAACCGCGAAACAACUAUUUCUUUCACCAGCUUUAUUAUUGCUCUCAUAGUCCAGUCCCCAGCCAAAGUGCGUCUAGAUGGAGGACAGACUACAUUUUCCAUAAUACUGUUACCUGAAGCUUUUGUUUCCACUGGCAACAUUCUAUCUGAAACCAGGACUACGCAUUUGCCAGCACUGAAAAAGAAGGCAAAACCCUUGCUUUAAGGUACAAAAAAUAUAUAGCACAAGAUAUAGAAGUAGACGUACUAAGGUUUGAAUGGUAAAUAAGAAAUGUAAAUUUUUUGAUCAAAACUCACAAAUUCAAAUUUAAAACCACCAACUCGAAUUUGAAUGUGAAAUUUAUCACACCCAAACCCUAGAAACUGUUUUAAUUCGACUAUUUGUCACCUAAAACCUGCCGAGUUCAUGUAGACGUCAAUGGCAGAGGUCCUUUGAACCAUUGGAGAAUGUUACUUGCCUUCCUGACAGAGUUUUUUCCAGAGGAAAUUAUUUUUUUCAUAAAUAACCUCCCAUUCGAGUUGAGUACAUUCAAAUUGAUCACAGUUAAAAAAAGAAUUCACAAAACUUCUAAAUUCAAGUGUGACUUUAUAAUCACUAGGUUUUUGAAAGCCAAGGUAAUUUUUUUGGACGUCAAAUACUGGCUUAUACGUUGUUUUGACUUAAAGGGUGAACUGUUAGAUUAUUCAAGUAAUACUGACACCAGAAAUUAAACCCUUUUUACAUCUGU